UUUUUAAAUGUUAACGUUACAUUCGAACGUCAAGUAAAGCGUCAUACUACCAUCUACAUACAGAAAAUCGAUAAGUCCAAGUUUCACUUGUUUCUAACCUGUUAUUCUCUUUAAAUCUUCUGAAUGGAACGUAAUGUAGCACUCAUAGUUUCUGUUUUUCACGGAAUAUUAAAAAAUCCUACAGUUUAAAAGUUGUCACUUAUGUGACGUUCUUCUACCUUGGCGUUAUCUAGAAUUGUGUUAAAAAAUUAUUUGCUACAUUUUCUUUUUCAUUAUUACGAUGAUAAAAUAUCAGUAGUAGCCAGAAAUAUAUAAUUCUUACUUACAAUUUUUGACCUUUGGUGCUAACAGUCUGUAUUCUGAACAAUGAUUUGGUCUUGGAGUUGUAUUGCAAAAUUACUUGUUCCUUGUGAAAUUCUACUUGUGACUAAAUUAAUUUUUUGUUUAAUAUCGUUCCAGCAUUGUCUUUCUUCUUUUAGUGCAACUUCAUCUUUUUUGAUUGAAUGUAUAUUUUCUUCUCCAAUAACAGUAUUUUCAUUUUUUCUUGUAAUGAAUUGGUUAUCUUAUUACUUUUACUUGAUAAGUUUUAUAACCAUUUCUAGUCAAUCAAUAUAUUCAAAUGUUUGUAAAUUAAUCCAUUGUGGAAUAACUUGUCAAGUCCCAUUUACUUUAAGUAACAUUGAGUUAUUUGUCUAUACCUAUAUAAGUACGCUUUACUUUUUAGGGUUGUUAAAUGAAAAAGAAUCUGUUUUUGGAGUUAUUUGUUGCUUUUUAAUGUUCUUUUCGUUGUGCCUCUAUCGUUGUGUUCUUUCAUGGAAGGUAUUACGUUUGUCUAAUAACCGUUUUGUACGCUUUUUGCUAGAUGCACGUCUACCUGUAUGCUUAUCUUUAUACGGUUUAUAUAUUACUUGGCUUCUUAGUGUAUGUUUUUAUUUAGGAUCGCAUAUUUUUACAAAAAUAUCCACUUUUAUUCCUAAUACUAUCCUUUGUACUGGUAUUUUUCUUCUACAAGUUCAUAUCAGUUUAAUUCUAGCUUCUUUUAAGCUUUUAAUCUUACCACCUGUUAAAAGUUAUAGUUUGUACAGAAUGAUCUCCAUGUUAUUUUUAUCUAUGGAAGGAAUUAGUUUUCUCCUUAUAUUAUCGUAUUCUGCAUGGAAAUUCUAUUUAAGUGAAUCAUCUCUUGUAUUUCUAGGUUACGCUGAAAUACCAAGUCAUGUUAUAUUCUUAACUGUGAUCUUUUGUCUUCUAUAUAUCUAUGAAAAUUUAUUACCGUCAAUACGAUCGGAAUUAUUUUCUACAGAUAAUAUUACUACUAUUCUACCUUCUGAUUCUUGUAGUCUAUGCACUUUGCCAUUGUUUCAACCAAGUAUUUUAACAUCAGAUAUUGCUAUCAAUUCCAAUGGUGAAUGUUCACAUUUUAUGCAUGUGCCAUGUGCACAAAUUUCGCAAUUGAUCUUAUUCCCUUGUUUGCAAUGUUCUGUAGAAUCUGUUAUUUGUGUACAGGAUACUACUACUAACAGUAGUAAUUCAAUGAAUUUUAAUGAAUUCCACUUAAACUAUGCUAAUUCUGAAGUAUCUAAUCUUUCAAGUUCCCUGGAAGAAUCUUCCUCAAAUUCAUCCAUUUAUGAUGAUAACGAUAUUGAUUUAAGUGUUUAUUUAAAUUUGAAUCAUUUCAAUAAAGCUGAAGUGAAUCGAACAUUACGUAGAUUGGAUGGAUCUAGUUCUUCUUUAUUUUCCAUUGAAGAUGAUGAGGAUGAUGAUGAUGGUGAUGUUGACAAUGAUGUGUUAUCAACAGACAGCGCCGAAUGGAAUUACAAUAAUCCUAGUUGUGAAUCAGAUAUAAGCAGCUUUUAAGGAAACACGAAAACAGAAAAAACCUAUUCAGUAUUAAUACUUUUUUUUCUUUUCUAUUUACUGCAUUUUUUUCCCUUGGAGAAAAAAGAAAUAAUCAUACUACACUUAAUUAAAUCUUUUGCAUUUGUAUAAGUUAAGAAUUAUUUAUAUUACUAUAUUUGACAAUUCAUUAUUCAUAUUUGCACUUACACAAAAUUUGUAUUAUGACUAUUUUUAUUGGAAUAUUUGUUAACAUCUAUUAUAGAAUAAUGUAAUUUUUUUUUUUUGAAAUGUGAUUUGCUUGGCAUAAUGGAAGAAGAUGUGUUCAAUGUUCACUUGUUCUUCUUGUGUUACAAUCAUACACCACAGGGAAUAUUGAAUACAAGAUAAUACUACCGCUGUAGUGAAGGAGAACACAGGUGAGGGCAAUCGAAUUGUAUUUAACGAA